CCCAGGCUCCAGGAAGCCACCAUGCUGCGCGUCCUGUUUCUGCUCAGCGGGCUCGCAGGACUGGGCGGGCUCCGGGUACCCUAUUCCGAUUCGGAAAGACCUCGCUUGCAAAUUACAGUUCCUGAGAAAAUCCACACUGUAACAGGCGAAGGAGGCACGGAAGUCGAGGUGUCCUACAAAAUCACAAUCGAUGGGACAACAUAUACUGUAAACCUAGUACAAAAAAUAUUUUUACCUCAUUAUUUUAAAGUUUAUGGAUAUGAUAAUGCAGGAAUUAUGAAACCUCUCGAUCAACAGAUUAAGAAUUUUUGCUACUACCAAGGAUACAUCGAAGGCUAUCCAAAGUCUUUGGCGAUCAUUAACACCUGUAAUGGACUCAGGGGCUUACUGCAGUUUGACAAUAUCAGCUAUGGAAUCGAACCUCUGGAGUCUUCUCUUGGUUUUGAACACUUGCUUUAUCAAGUAAAACAUGAGAAUAAAAGUGUUCUACUCUACGCUGAGAAAGACACUAGCUUAAAAAAUGUGACCUAUAAAAUAAAAAGUGUAAAGCCAUCAGAGUUCUCUCAGUACAUAGAAAUGCAUGCUAUAAUUGAAAAAGAUUUGUACAAGCAUCUCGGUGGUGAUAUAGCUAUUGUCACUCAGAAAAUUUUCCAGUUGGUUGGACUGAUGAAUGCUUUUUUUAGCUCCUUUAAUCUUACGGUAAUUCUGGCUUCACUGGAGUUUUGGAUUGAUGAGAACAAAAUCCCAACCACCGGAGAUGUUAAUGAGUUAUUACACAGAUUUCAAAAUUGGAAAAAAUCUUACCUUGUUCUACGUCCACACGACAUGGCAUUUUUACUUGUUUACAGAGACGCUCCCAGUUACAUCGGUGCCAUCUUUCAAGGGAUGAUAUGCGAUAGAGACUACGGGGGAGGCAUCGCCCUGUACCCCAAAAGUAUAACCCUGGACUCCUUUGGAAUUAUUUUAGUUCAGCUCCUGAGUCUGAGCAUGGGAAUCCCUUAUGAUGACAUUAACCAAUGCCACUGCCCCGGAACUGUCUGCAUAAUGAACCCGGAAGCACUUCAUUCCAGUGGUGUGAGGAUGUUCAGUAACUGCAGCAUGGAAGCUUUUGCACAUUUCAUGACCAAGCAGAUGUCCCAGUGCCUGCAGAACCAGCCGCGCUUGGAGCCAGCUUACCGGCAAAAUCCGGUUUGUGGCAAUAACAAGGUGGAGCAAGGUGAAGUCUGCGACUGUGGAACGCAAGAGGAGUGUGUAAGUGCCCCACCCGUCUGCUGCGAGUAUUCUUCAUGCAGACUGAAAGACGGUGCACAAUGUGCUCAAGGGCCAUGUUGUGAUAAUUGUCAGUUCAAAGCUGAGGGACAAGUGUGCCGGUCUCCUGCGGACGAGUGUGACCUCCCCGAGGUCUGCAACGGCACAUCUGAUUCUUGCAAAGAAGACUUAUAUAUUCUCAAUGGGCACAAGUGCGGAGAAAACAAGUGGAUUUGCAUUAAUGGGAGGUGUCUGACAGGGAAGAGUCAAUGUGUACAACUAUUCGGUGAAGGUGUAGAGUUUGGUCCACCUGAAUGUUAUCAACAACUUAAUUCUAAGAAUGAUAUGUCUGGAAACUGUGGUAUAACAGGCCCCGGGAAAUACACAGCGUGUACGCCUAGCAACCUGAAGUGUGGAAAAUUAAUAUGUUUACAUAAUAAGAAAGAAAUCCUCAGAAAUAAGGAGGCCAUUACUAUUUAUUCCAACAUAAGUGGACAGAUCUGCGUUGGUGCGGAAUAUGCUCUCAAUCAUAAAAAUAAGGGGAAGAUGUGGGUGCAGGACGGGACUGUGUGUGAUACAGGAAAGGUUUGUAGGAAUAAACAAUGUGUAGAUGAUACAUACUUAGGUUAUGACUGCACACCACAGACCUGCAACAAUAACGGCGUAUGCAAUAACAAAAAGCAAUGUCACUGUGAUCCCCCAUUCGCACCACCAAACUGCGAGAAUGCAGUUGGAUCAUCGAUUGGUGGGAGUGUGGACAGCGCACGGCUCGAACCAUUCCCUGAAAAGAACAUCAUUGAGGGUGUUUACCAUACCAAGCCUAAAAAGUGGCCAUUUUUCUUGCUCAUUCCUUUUUUCAUUAUUUUAUCUGUACUGGUUGUUAUAUUGGUAAAAGUCUAUUACCAAAGGAAAAAAUGGAGAGCUGAAGACUAUAUGAGUGAUGAGUAUACACAUCUGCCUGACAACCUGUGA